AUGGGUCCGUAUGUUAUUGCGACGGGAGUGAUGGCAACAGGCCAUGCCAUUAAUUUCAUUUCACUCACCGAUGAUGACCGUGUUACUCUAGUCAAAGAAAACCCCAUCGAAAUUAUACUAACAUUCAGUAAUAUUGCACCUCUGGCUACCUACCAACCCAACCGCAGAAUUGGUCAUGUUAAUUUCAGUGUUGGUGUCUACCUCAUACAAGGCCGUUCUUCAAAUUUACGAUGGCUCUGA